AUGAAUAUCAUCAAGGAGGUGACAAGGAAAAAUGAAAAAAAACUAGAUAACGAACUUCCGUCCCAGGACAAUUUUGACGACACUCCAAUACCGUCGAUGUCGUCCGAAGAGGAGGUUAAGGAUCAUCCACUGAAGACCGACGCCGAUUCGAUGGUCAAAACUCAUCUUCGGUCAAAUGGCGGUCAACAUAAGUCUUCCUUCCAACCACUGCCUUCGUCGCCGACCGCGCUGCCUCGCACAUUGAAGUGUGACCCGUCUCCUAAUGUUGUCUGUACCAUCGACGUCGAGGCCGCCAACGAGGUCUGUCAGAUGUCAUCGGACGAUGUCAAACAGGACGUUAUAGGCACACAAGUACACAACCACAGCUAA